AUGGAGAAUUUCCUUCGUUCUAAGGAAUAUUGGACCUUGAUAGAACAUGGGAUUCCUACAGGUGGAGAAGCACAUCCCACUGAAGAACAAAGGAAGGUAAUUGAAGAUGCCAAACUGGAAGAUUUGAAGGCUAAGAAUUAUUUAUUCCAAGUCAUUGAUAGAUUAGUUCUGGAAACAAUUUUGAACAAGGAUACAUCAAAGAGCAUUUGGGACUCUUUGAAGCAGAAGUAUCAGGGGACAGCAAGAGUCCAGCGUGCACAACUACAAGCUCUUCGAAAGGAAUUUAAGGUGCUCACCAUGAAAGUAGGAGAAUCUAUGAAUGAAUACUUUGCUAGAACUCUUACUAUAGCAAACAAGAUGAGGAACCAUGGAGAGAAGACGACUAAUGUUGUGGUCAUUGAAAAGAUGCUAAGAUUUAUGUCUACAAAAUUUGAAUAUGUUGUAUGUUCUAUUGAGGAGUCUAAUGAUCUGGACAACUUAUCCAUUGAUGAACUACAGAGCAGUCUUCUUGUACAUGAACAACGUAUGAAUAGCCAUGCUAUGAAAGAACAGGCUCUAAAGGUUACUUAUGCAGAUCAAUCAAGAGGAAGAGGACGAGGUCGUGGUGGAAUCAGAGGACGAGGAUGA